AUGAAUAAAGUCCCAACUCAGGUUGACGGUAGAUUUAGGCUGGAAGACAUUCUGGGAUCUGGGUCAUAUGCUGUUGUAUACUGUGCACAGAACUUCCUUAAUGAUGAUGUAGUUGCCAUCAAACUUGAACCUCUCACCUCUCACCUGUCUUCUGUGGAGCAUGGAGUUGGGAUCCCCUGUGCCAUUUGGUUCAGUAGAGAGUCAACAUAUCACACUAUGGCUCUUGAACUCCUUGGACCAUCAUUGCACGAUCUCUUCAAGGCACAUCAUCGAAAAUUCAGCCUUCACACUGUUGUUAACCUUGGAGAACAGCUGCUUUCAUGCCUUGAACACAUCCACUCAUACAACUACAUUCAUGGCGAUAUCAAACCGCAGAAUGUUUUGCUGGGCCUUGGCGAUUUGAGCCAAACUCUCUUUGUCGUCAAUUUUGGUAUCACAAAGAAGUACUGGAAUGCUGCAACCGAAACACACAUACCAUUUCACCAGGGUCAAUGUCUCACAGGCACACCUGCAUUUGCUUCAAUCAACAACCACUUGGGCUUGGAGCCGGGUCAUCAUGACGAUCUCAAGUCUCUAUCAUAUAUGUUGAUUUAUUUCAUGUGUGGCACCCUUCCAUGGCUAACUAGCAGCCAUGAGAAGCUCUCCAGCUCUGACAUGCUCGAGCGUAAAGUGGACACCACCAUUGCAGUUUUAUGUGAUGGUGUUCCUUCUGAAUUCGCAAACCUUCUCAUCUACUCACGGUCUCUUUCAUUCUCAGAAGACCCUGACUAUGACUAUCUCCACUCAUUGCUUCAUGGUCUUCGCACCACAGAAACUUUAUGCCCGCGCAAUGGUCCCCUACCACCUUCAACUACUUCUGCCCCACAUCGGAAAAAGAAACUAACUGCAUAG